CCCUGCAAGAAAGAGCUGUUGCUCUACUCCUAUCAGUGGAAAGCUGAGAGGCAGGAGGAUUGCUGAGAGUUCGUGGCCAGCCUGAGCUACAUAAGAGCCCCAGGCUGCCUCCGGAGGCGGGCGCUCCAGCCUGGGUGGCAAGGCAGAGCAGUGGCGGGCUUGUCCUGGUCCCUAGUGUCUCUGCCUGCACCUGUGCGAUCCAGAACGGAGCCCCGCUGCAGCCCCAGCAGAGAAGCCAGGAGCCGAGAUGAGCCACGCCUGCGACCGCCAGGGUGACAGCCAAGGAGACACUGAUCAGAAGGAGAUGACCCCUGGCAGGAAGGUCCCCAUCUUCGUGGAUGGGGUUGUACUUAAUGGACCUCAAACCGAUGUGAAAGCUGGAGAAAAGUUUGUUGAAGAAGCCUGUAAGCUGGUAAUGGAAGAGGUGGUUUUGAAAGCUACGGACAUCAAUGAAAAGGUAUGUGAGUGGCAGCCCCCUGAGCAGCUGAGGCAGCUCCUUGACCUGGAGAUGAGGGACACAGGGGAGUCACAGGACAAGCUGUUGAAACUCUGCCAAGAUGUCAUCCACUUCAGCGUCAAAACCAACCAUCCCAGAUUUUUCAACCAGCUCUAUGCUGGCCUUGAUUACUACUCCUUGGCAGCCCGGAUUAUAACAGAGGCACUGAAUCCAAGCAUUUAUACGUAUGAGGUGUCCCCAGUGUUUCUGUUAGUGGAAGAGGCGGUUCUGAAGAAAAUGAUUGAAUGUGUUGGCUGGAAAGAAGGGGAUGGAAUAUUUAACCCAGGUGGCUCCGUGUCCAAUAUGUGUGCAAUGAAUUUAGCUAGAUACAGACACUGCCCUGAUAUCAAGGAGAAAGGCCUGUCUGGUUUGCCAAGAUUAAUCCUCUUCACGUCGGCAGAGUGUCAUUACUCCAUGAAGAAAGCGGCCUCCUUCCUUGGGAUUGGCACCCAGAAUGUGUACUUUGUAGAAACAGAUGGAAGAGGGAAAAUGAUACCGGAGGAGCUGGAGAAACAAAUCAGGCAAGCGAGACAAGAGGGAGCAGUGCCGUUUCUUGUCUGUGCCACCUCUGGUACCACCGUGCUGGGCGCCUUUGACCCCCUGGAUGAGAUCGCUGAGGUCUGUGAGAGGCAUGGCCUCUGGCUCCAUGUGGAUGCCUCUUGGGGUGGCUCAGCUUUGGUGUCAAGAAAGCACCGCCGGCUCCUGCGUGGCAUACACAGAGCUGACUCGGUGGCAUGGAACCCACACAAGAUGCUGAUGGCGGGAAUCCAGUGCUCAGCUCUGCUUGUCAAGGACAAAUCUGAUCUCCUUAAGAAGUGCUACUCUGCCAAAGCAACGUACCUGUUCCAGCAGGAUAAAUUCUAUGAUGUCAGCUAUGACACGGGGGACAAGUCCAUCCAGUGUAGCAGGAGACCUGAUGCGUUCAAGUUCUGGAUGACCUGGAAGGCUCUGGGCACAUCAGGACUUGAGGAGAGAGUUAAUCGUGCCUUUGCUCUAUCUCGGUACCUGGUAGAUGAAAUCAAGAAACGAGAAGGCUUCAAGUUGCUGAUGGAACCUGAAUACACCAAUGUUUGCUUUUGGUACAUUCCACCGAGUCUCAGAGAGAUGGAAGAAGGUCCAGAGUUCUGGAGAAGGCUUAGCUUGGUGGCCCCAGCCAUUAAGGAAAAGAUGAUGAAGAAGGGAAGCCUCAUGCUGGGCUACCAGCCCCACCGGGGGAAGGUCAACUUCUUCCGCCAGGUGGUCAUCAGCCCUCAAGUGAGCCGGGAAGACAUGGACUUCCUGCUGGAUGAGAUAGACAGCCUGGGUAGAGACAUGUAGCCAUGGCUUCUAUCCCCCCAGAGGCAUCACUCCUGUCCUGGGGAGGCUCACAGAUCCAGUGCAUCUGAAGACAUACUAGGUAGAUGACGGUCCUGGUGCGAUUAGGAAACACGCCCACUUCCCCCUCUCCCCCAACAGACAACCAAAAUGCUAAGCCAAUAGUCCUAAGGGUUCUUUGGGUGCCUGCUGCUACUGUUUGUAGAAUGGAGAAAGUAGAUGUAGUAAAAAAAAAAAAAAUUAUUCUCUCAAAUAUUAUCCUUGGAAACAGCCCUGAGGAGACUUUAGGCUGUGCCAUGUGGAUGGAUACCGGAUUGUAAGUUCCCAUUGCUCUUUAAAGAACCUAGAAAUACCAUGUGGAGCUUACAGUAGUGAACUCCAGUGUGGCCCCUGUGCCAUCAGCAUCAGCACCACUGGGGACUUACUGAAAACACAUAUUCUCCAGCUUUAGCUCACACCACCUGAAUCAGAAACUCUAGUUCCAGCAUCCCGAGUUUUAAUAAGCCCAACAGGCGAGUCUGAUGCACAAUAAAUUCUGAGAAACAGUGGUCCAGUAAAAGCCUUUACAGAUGUUUUGCCCCGUAAAGGACAUGUGAUAUUUCAGUAGCACCUCAGCCAAUCUUGGAAAAAUACAACUGUGGCAUUUGUGCUACAAAUGUUCAGGGAAUCUGAAAUAUCUGGAACACGUCAAAGAGACACACAGAUCACAUCCCCCACCCCUCUCUCUAUAGACAGACAGAUAGAUAGAUAGAUAGAUAGAUAGAUAGAUAGAUAGAUAGAUAGAUAGAUAGAUAUAAGAGUGUGGGUUUGUUCAGUCAUUUUUCUACUAGGUAAUCAUGGAAACUCAAUAGCCACAGUUCAGGUCCCACUGUGCCUUUAAUGAGACAUGGCAGUUUCUUGACUGAUGAAAAAUACCACUGGGGUCAGAUAGUUUGCAAUCCCAUUAUAUUGUUUGUUUGAAAUAUUCAUAUAUGUAUAUAUAUAUAUAUAUAUAUGUACAUAUAUAUAAAGAGAGGGGGAGAGAGAGAAGGAGAGAGGGAGAGAGAGGGAAGGAGCAAGGAAGGGAGAGAGAGAGAGAAAAAGAGAGAGAGAGAGAGAUACUAUGUAAGACUCUCACUACUACCUACAGAUAUGUUUUAUUUGGGCUGAAGUUUUUGUUUCAGGACUUAGAAUGAAUCAUUAUUCUAAUUCACCUGCAUUAUAAAUUAGGGUAAAACCCAAACAGUUUUGAUCAGAGAUUAAAAAGCAUCAAUCCAUUUCUCCAAGCAUGCUAUUGGAUGGGAACAAACACUGCAAGUCUGUGUGGGUCUCUGUCCCUAUUUUAGGUUCAGGAAUGCAUUUCUUAUUUUCACUCUUGGCUUUGUAGGGAAUAGAAUAAAUUCCAGAAGUGAAGUCCAAGAUUGUACAACACUCUCCUUCUCAAACUCUGCAAUGUCAGUUAGAGUUUUCGGUGGUCUAUCUUGCACAGAGACUCUAGAAUCAGAGACAUCUCCAUGCCGGUCCCCUGCUGUCCCUGGAAGGGGAUGAUUGCAGCUCUCUCUGGGGACAUCACCUUAGAUUUAUUUCUGGGUGGGGGGUGGUUCUUGACUAAGAACAAAGAUGAUCCAGAGGUAACAUAUAGAUGAAGGCUGUAUGUUGAGAUUUGUCCAGGUGCAGGGCUGGCGAUCACCUCAUGGUGGAUCACUAACUCCUGACACUUAAAUUUUGAGAAACAGAUAUGUAUUGUGUAGUGUGCACCAAGCAUCCUCAUUGUAGACUGUGCGGCCUUUCACUGGUCUCCACUCAUGAGGGUAUUUUCACUUCAUUUUCUGGGUUACUUCAAACUCCCUGGUGGAGGGAGCUAUCUGUUCAUGAUUUGAUUCUUGUUGCCUUUUAAAAAUUGUUCUACAUAAAAUGCUCCUAAGACUGAUGCUAGAAAUAAGUUGGAUUUCAUGAAAUAAAAAGCUCUGUCAGCACUGUG